CGACUGAGAGAAUACCGAAGAUGAGUCUAAAUACUUAUAGGAAGAACUGCUGUUUUCCUUUGAGGUAAAGUUAGCUUUAAAAAUAAAUUCUUUUUAUUCAAUCAUAGUGUUCUCAAGGGAAUUUGCCGUUUCUUUUUUUCAUAAAUCGUGCACACAUAAACACGUGGAUUGAACCACAUUUCCAAAAAACAGUUCCAUAGCGUUACAUAACUUGGUCACAUGGUCUUUUUCAUGGUGCACAGUUUUCUUUCUUAUUUAUCCUUAAACCAGACAUGUAUGAACAAAAAUUUUAAUGUAUACAAAGGAUAAUUUUUAUAAGUAGGGAGUGCCCCCAAGGUGCAAGGUACUGUAAGCUGUAAACGCUCUAUAUAGCUAAUUGGUUCCUUUAAAUACACUGUAAUACCCCCAACCCUCCUCCACCGGCGAUUAUUUAGCACCCUCAAAUUCAGAAAGGAAAUAGUAUUUACAUUUUAAAAGUGCCUGGGCACUAAUUUAAGCAUUUAAAGCAUUCAGAAAAUCCUUGUAAAUAUGUUGACAUUAAUUUAGCAUCACAUUUGUUCUGUUUGUUGACAGUUCUUUGCCCAAUGUUGUGAUACGUCACAUUGCUCAGUAUUUGGGCCCAAGGGACCUUGGAAACAUGAGUAAAGUCAAUCAGUAUUUCCGUCAAGUAUUCAAUUCACCACAGCUCUGGAAUGGCAUCAAAAUAUCAUGGGACAGAAAUAGCGAAAUUAAGAUCGAUCCUCUAGUCUUGGAGACAAUUAAGUCAAGAGGAAUAACAGAAUUAGUGAUAUGGACUAAUUAUAAUAUUGUGGAAAGGAAAAUCGAUCUAAUGCUUCAGUGUUUACCUUAUCUUGAAGGGCUUUCCUUUUAUUCCACAUCACUACCGAUCUACAAAUCUUUGCAAAAGUUUGCUUCGAGUUGCCACUUGGACAAGUUAAGGAAGCUGUCCUUUGGGCAUGUAUUCCUAUCGCUUUGGCAGUUAAGUAAUGUUGACCAUGUUUUCACUGCUUUAUUUGAGCAAUUACCAAGAUUGCAAGAACUUGGCUUUGGACGCAAUGAACAGCUUCCCAGUGGUUACCCUAUGUAUGAACUCAAGGUACAAUUCUUAUAAGUUAUUAUAAUGCUAGUGAGAUGUGUUAGGGCUGGACAAUCUGCAAGCCAGUGAGCCAUAAGAAAAAUGAAGUCUUAUGAAAUUGGAAAUUCAUUAAAAAUAUUUCCAGCUUAGUUCCCUAUGGGUAUGUGAGCUUUAAUUUGCACUCAUCUUACAGAUUAGGGUUAAGCACUCUGUAGGAUUAAACACUAUACCUGCCAACUCUCACGCCUUAGGCGUGAGUCUCACGCCUGCGGGUUGAAAACUUCGAUCUCACGCUGGCUCACGCCUGCGGGCCAAUUUCUCACGCCUGAUUGAAAAAUGUGAGUUGUUGCCGUCUUGGUUGACACAAUUUCCAAAAAUAUGUUAACUCAGACCCAUGUAAGGAACGAAAACCAUGUGUAAAUGAAUAAAUAACAGUACCUUCCUCGCGAUCUCUGAUUUUGUGGAUAAGCGUUUUCUCGAUAACUUCGCCUUCGCCAGACUUCGGACGUCUUCGGAAGACUUCGGACUUCUUCGGAAGACUUCGGACUUCUUCGGGAAUCUUCGGAAAUGAUCGUGUCGUCUGAAAAAAUCCCAGAACUCCCAGGAUAAAAAUCUCACGCUUAUAUCUCAGAAAAAGUUGGCAGGUAUAAAACACUCAUUUACAAAGGUUAGCAUUCACUUAUUUUUUCUCUAUUAUUGUGUUUUUAAUUUUUUAUUCCUUUUAAUCUCAUGGCUCUGCAUGGCUCACUGGCAUGCACUGUGUCCUAACUCUAUGUUUGUCAUGAUCUUUAUGCCAAGUAGAUGUAAUUUAUGUUGCUAAUGUCUAGUUUCAUAGUGAGACAAUCUAAACAAAGUGGACAAGACUGCACUGAUUGAGUGCCUUAUGAAACAACAACAAAACAACAAACAACAACAAUUUAUUUAGUAACAGACCUAUAAAGUCUACAAUGCCAUUGAAAUCUUGAAAUCAUUUUUUCUGUCGUUAUGUAGCCGGGAAGUGACCUCCAAAGAGCUAUCUGUCAGUCUGGAAAACUAACAAGUAUAUCACUAAUGAAUCUCGCCAUCUAUAAAUCAUGCCUUGAUGCAAUCAUGAAGAAUAAUCCACUUGUGCAGACUUUGUCUUUUGGCUUUAUUUUAAAGUUUGCAAAAGGUAAGCAUUUUUAACAUUACUAGCAGUGUCAUUAAACUGUGAUAUCAGGUGUUAGUUUGUUGUUAAUUUAGCUGUGCUAACAUAAUCUAAUUAUUAGAUUAUGUUAGCACACCUGCAAAUAACAGUCGGUCAUUGGACACCGGCAGACCAAAAUUUGCUUGUGUUGGACGAAAUCCCACCGGUGUUCGGACACUAUUUCCCCAUAAUUUUUUUCUUGUAAAUCAUUUUACGGUAAGGAAGAAUAAAAAUCUACCUUGAGUAAAUCUUACUUUGUGUUAGGACGAUCUCAAAGUCACCAAACAGCAUUGUCUUGGGUAAUGAAGUUUUCUUUUACAUUAGCGAAGUAUGUCCUCUGUUUUACCCGAUAUAAAGUUCAAUCUUUUGUUUGGUGAUAUAGGGCCAAAAUUUUGUUUUGUCCGACCAACAUGGUGUCUUCGUAGGACAUAUGUCCUUUCAAAGGAAAAAAUAAUGUUUACUACCCCAUGUUAGCUUAAGUAAAUAACUUUUAAAUCUGUGGACAAAGUCCUAUGGUUUUACCAUUCAAAUCAAACUUCUUUGUCAGUUCUUUUGCCUAAAAUUUAUUUUUCAGCAUUUUACUAAGAGAACAGAAAUUUGAGGGGUUUUUUGGGGUGGUGGGGAUUUUUCUGUGGCCACUAUUAGGUUGGAAUGGGUUAAUAAUGUUGAAAGGUCUACGUUUAUACUCUGCUUAAUGGACACCCACUUUACAUAAUAUGGACACCUCGUUAUUACGGAUAACUUUCUUUGUCCCUGGGGAAAGCCCUCACAUUUUCUCUAUUAAAAAAGUUAAACCUGUUUAAUAUGGAUGCAACGGACACUUAUUUUUUGCCUGAUGAACAGUUACUCAUAGAAAGUCGACCUCGCCAGUGUGGACACUUCAUUAUCAACUGAGACUGUGUGCUGUAAAAAAGCCCUUCCCUUAGAACUGAGUAAAAAAACUUUUUUUUGACAGCAUGUCAGUGUUCCCAGUGCUAAUGGUACAACUGAUAGGAUGAAUUGUAGACGUCAAUCUCAGACUAUUUUGGCAUCAAAACGAGUUAUAAAUGCAGAGAACGGUUUUGAAUAAGUAGUAUUAUAGAUGAGAGAUUUUUUGAGUGUCUGUGGAUUUAGUCCGCAGAAUGAUGGCUUUAAGAAGGUUAGAGAUGUUUAACUUGGUAAUGCUAAUGUUCUCUUUUAUUUCUUUAGUAUUUUUUGUAUUUUUGACUUUAAUAAUGUGACCCGCUUAAUACGGACACCCUGUUAAUACGGACACUUUCUAUGGGCUCUUCAGUGUCCAUAUUAAUUAACUGGGUUAGACUGUAUGUAGGAUUUGAAGAUACCCAUUCACAUAAGAUAGGACAAAAUGUUCAAAUCCUCAGAUAUAUGGCAGAUAUAAUCCUGGGCCGAGUUGUUCAAAGCUGGGUUAAGAUAACCCAGGGUUAGUGCGAGAUUUUAAUUCAGAUUUGAAAGCUUAAAAAGCAUUAUUUUCAGUUUUAAUUGUCUACAUGUUGAUGAUUGGAAGCUCUAAAAAUAACAGAAAAAAUUAUCCGAGAAAAUGCUGUAGAACACAAGAAAAAGAAACCCGCGUUAAAAUUAACCCCGGGUUAAUCGCUAAUCGGCCUUCGAACACCUGGACUCAGAUGUAAAGAUGUCAAGAAGGAUUAUUUACUUACAGACCAUGUAUGCCUGUAAUAAGUAUUGUUAGCAAUACGGUCCAUGAUUUGUAUCUCAGUGCAUCCUCUCUCCUUGUUAAGUCUCACCUCUGUCCCAAUAGUUAUCCAUGAGUUCCCGUUAGGGUACUCCUUAACAACCGAUUGUAUACUUCAUCUUCUGUACACUGAACCCUCUUAAUACCAAGACCCGUCAAUCGGGGCAACAGGCAUUUUUUUGUAACCCAAUCAACAGAUUCUUAUAGAGAGUCAACCUCACUGAUGCGGACACUUCGUUUGACUGUGUGCUGUAAUAACCCAUUUUUUUUCUUCAGUUGGCAGAGUUGAAACGGGGUUUUUGUGAAGACUCCACUUACCAGUGUGUCCGUUCGGGCUUCCAUAACAUGACCUGUUUAAUAUCAGGAGCGGAUCCACACCUUCAGAUAAGGGGGCGGGGGGGUCAUCCAGACCCUGAGAUAAGGGGGAAGCCGGGUCUCAAAAAACAUUUUUCGGCACGUCGGGCCUCAAUUUAAUCUAAAAAUAAGGGGGGGGCCGGGCCCCCCGGCCCCUCCCCUGGAUCCACCACUGAAUAUGGACACCCCGCUGGUAUGGACACUAAUGGCUUCCUCGGCUCGGUGUCCGUUUUACCAGGGUUUGACCGUGUAAAAUAAGCUAAAGAGAACACAAAACCAACUAAUAGAGCAUGACCUUGAAAAAUGGUUUCCGUAAGUGUUCGUUAUUUGUUUUAUCAGCCAAUGGAUGAAAAGAUCAAAAUAUGGACUCUUCGCUUUCCCGCCAAAGAAAACCCUGAUACGGAGAAGCCAUUGUUUGAUUGGCCAGUCGUAUUGCAGUAUGACGUCAAAGCGAAGUGUCGAUUUAUUUCUAGAAAGUUCUUCGGGCAUGAAGUUUUUUCAGCCGAGAGUUCGCUUAACCAUCCAAAAGCCACGCGCGUUUGUAUCCGUUCGAUAAACCAAUCAGCUCGCUCUAUUUCCGUUAGCUUUUUGUUACUGUUUUGUUUGCGCGUUUUCAUUUCAAGGUCAUACGAAAAUCGCUCCAUAUUCUACAACGUUCAGGACAGACAAACUUGUUUUGUACUUUUUCGUACUAGAUGAUGAUCUGGCAGAUCCUGCAGUUUGCUCAAGUUUGACAUCACUGGAGAUACGUCACGCCAGUAAAGACACGAUAAACCACAUCCUUCAUUGGGCUUUUCCUGACAUUGAGCCGAGUAGAAAUCUUACAAGCUUAAACCUGAGUUACAGCCAAAGCUCUAGAGUGUUUCAAUUCUUUUCCAAAUUCCCAGCCUUGAAGAAACUGGAUUUAACAGGUUUUCGCUUCACUAAAAACAUGUCCGUUGACGCAUUUCGUCAUCUAAGAAGGUUGGAAUGGUUGGAGCUGAAAGGUUGCAAUAGAAUCAGUGGAAAAGAAAUAUCAGAAUUAUCAGAAUCAGUUGGCAGGACUCUACGUUACUUGGGAUUAGCGGAUUUGCUGCUUCAUCCACUUAUCACUGAUAAUCAUUUAAGAGAUCUGGCGAGUAUGUUUCUUGUUCUUAGAACUCUUGAUCUGAGUGGAUGCGUAACAAUUACUGAUGCACUGCUUGUGGAAUGGUACGUGAAGAAUGAGGAAACAAACUGGCCAAAGUUAAGAAAGCUUGUUUUGAAAAAUUGUGGAGUCAGUCAAGAAGUUGUUAACUUAGUGCGACUAAAAACAAAAAAUCAUCUGUGGGUGGAAUUGUGA